AUGAAUUCAAAUGAUGUUGCUAAUGCUUCAAUUGCUACACAACAUUUGGAUACAGUUCAAGUGAAUAUUUCAAUGCUUGAAUUAAAAAAGGAUGCACAAACAAUUGUUAAAUGUAAUAGUAAUAAUGAUAAUGAUAAUGAUAACGAUGAUAACAACAAUGAUAAUAAUAACAAUAAUAAUGAUGACAAUGACAAAAUUAACAACAAUUUUAAAAAGUUAUCAACAACAAUCGUUAGCGCUGCUAAUGCUUCUUCAACGAUGCCAACUCGAUCAAUUAUCAAAGAAUACGGAAAUAAUGAUAAGGAUGUGAUUGUGAUGGAAGAUGUUAAGAAAUUGUUGGAUGAAAUAUUAUCGGAAAUGAAAUGA